AUGCCAUUUUCCUUUUAUCCUAUAGUUUCUUUUUCUGUGAACAACAACUAUUCUUCAAUUCAAAUUCUGACUGGGUCCAACUACAAGAAGUGGAAACGAGAUGUGGAUUUUAGUUUGGGAAUCAUGGACUUGGACCUAUGCAUGCGUGAAGAUCAACCUGCUGCUCUUACUGAUGCGAGCACUACUGCCCAACAAACUCUCCAUGUACAAUUGGAAAAGUCAAAUCGUCUCAGUCUUAUAGAUAUGAAAAGAUCGAUUCCUGAACAUCUUUUGAGUGGUCUGCUUGAGACAACUAAUGCCAAAGAGUUUUUAACUAAUGUGGGAAAAUUGUAUGACACUGGUGAGAAUGCUGAAACUGGAUCUCUUAUGGAUGAGAUUCAAACCAUCAAGUAUGAUGAAACUAAAGGAGUAAGGGACUUCAUUCUGAAAAUUGUCAAUAUUCAGUCGAAGCUAAAAGAUAGUAAGAUUCAUCUACCUGAUUCCUAA